AUGGACAUCCGCCGCAGGUGCCUUAGACAGGCAACGAGAGGCCUGACCCUCAACAGCGAUGCACGCUUCGCCAUCCAAGUUACGGCGAGGAGGCGCUUGCAACCUCAGUUGAACAACUGGUCUUGGCAUCAACAGCUUCGAGAUUUGUUAACUUGUGGCAGCGAUGUUUUUUCCACUUACUUCAAGACUUGGUUAGACACUGGCGUGCAGCGAAAUUCUGGACGGCAACGGAACCUGCUGCCCGUGCCCUCUGUUGCCGAGUGGGACUUUGACGUGGAGCUGCCGAAAAGUGCAGAGUCUGCUGCUUUGCUUCUGGUCAACGCGUGCUUGGCUGCACUCAAUGUCAUGGCCGACGACUUGCGCCCACGGCCCGAAAGUGCACACUGCAGGCGGCGCCCAACUGGAGCACAGCGCAUUGUCCAGGAGCAUGUGGCGAAGCGUUGUGCGCGUUUUCUGCGCGAGCUGGACGUCUACUGCAGCGGCUGCUUGAAAUGGGUGGGAGCUUUCUCGCGCUGUGAGACACAAGCUGCAAACAAGUACCCCACGAUGCAGGCAGAGGCUGUGGACGUACCGCUGAAGGCUGGCACUUGCGACCCUUUUGCUUUCAUUCAGGACGACUUGGUUCAGGCCAUAAGUUCUGCAGGUGGCAUAAUGGAGUGCUUGCCAGACUUGAACGAUAUCAGUCCUCCUUGUGGGGCGCAGACGGACGAGUAUGCAAAGCUUGUGCUGCGACUCCUAGCUGUAGCUUGUGGCAAGUUGCGCUUGCGCCGCGAAGUCAAAGGCCUGGGAGACGUGUUUUGUGUCAACAAGUCGACGCCCGGCAGGCAGCGCGAGAUUUGGAACGGCGCCAAGGUCUCAGCAGCUGCACAGCGGCCUCCUCCUCCCGACAAGCUGGCAAAUCCCUCAUGCUUCGUGGACUAG